GGGAGGGAUGCCAUGCUGAUUGAUACCUAACAAAACAAAGGGUCACAUGAUUCCCAGAAGAAGUCAUUUGCCGCUGGUUCUGCUCUUACAAGGCCAGCAGCAUCCGUCCAGAUACACCGCAUAUACGCACAUACAAACAUAUCGACGCCGGAGAAGAAGACACAGGGAGAGAUGACGGACGGGUCGGCGUACAAGGACUAUGUCGCAGGUUUGAUCGCCGGCGUUGCGACCGUUAUCAUUGGCCAUCCCUUCGACACGGUCAAGGUGAAGCUGCAAAAACACAAUACUGAUGCUUAUGGUAUAAAGUAUAGAAGUGGUUUGCACUGCACUGCUAGGAUUCUGAAGACUGAAGGAGUGAAAGGCCUUUAUCGAGGUGCCACUUCUUCUUUUGUGGGGAUGGCAUUUGAAAGUUCACUUCUCUUUGGCAUUUAUUCUCAGACAAAACAGUUAUUGGAGGGCGGAGUUCAGAGUGAAAAGCCAAGGCCCUCAGUUAUAAUUCCUUCUGCAGCUUUUGGUGGAGCAGUUAUCAGCUUUGUCUUAUGCCCAUCAGAACUUGUGAAGUGUAGGAUGCAAAUUCAGGGGACUGACUCUUUAGUUCCCAAAUCCAGUACAUAUGAUGGUCCUCUUGAUUGUGCACUUAAAACUAUUAAAACUGAAGGGGCUACAGGCAUAUUUCGAGGAGGUUUCACAACCUUAUUAAGGGAAUCUAUAGGAAAUGCAGUUUUCUUUAGCACUUAUGAGCAUGUCCGCUACUACAUGCAUUUACAACUGAAAGGUACUCCAUCCAGUCAGAACAACUUGACCGAUGUAGGAGUUGGGAUUAUGAGUGGUGGUCUCAGUGGUAUAGCUUUCUGGUCAGCCGUUCUCCCUUUGGAUGUUGCAAAAACUAUAAUUCAGACAUCCCCAGAUAGAGGCUCCACAAGAAAUCCAUUUCAGAUUUUGAAAUUGAUUUAUAGGAGGUCGGGAGUUAAAGGAUGCUACACAGGUUUAGGUCCAACCAUCUUGAGGGCAUUUCCUGCAAAUGCAGCUGCAAUAGUCACCUGGGAGCUGGCUGUCAAACUUUUAGGUAUCAAGCGCGAGUAAAAUGGCUUGGCAUGGAUUAUCUAUCGCGGAAAUCAUUUUUGUCAUUCUUGUUGGUUCGACCCAUGGUGCCUGUUGACAAUGACCCUCAUAUUUCUUUUACAUGGCCUCAACAUUAUGGCCAGAGCAAAUUAAGGUCAAAUGAUUCUUGUGAGGCAGAUAGCGCGGACGCAGCUGACCAAAGUUUCCAAUCUGUUUUAAAGUUCUUCCAACCUCUUUGUUUCUGGAGCUCCUUUCUCUUACUUGCUUUUCCCCAUUGCAGGUGAAGGGUAGAAGGAUAUCACCAUUUCGUCUUGUUAAUGAGUUUGCUUGAACUUUUUUUCUGGGAGUUAGGUGAGCUAGGGAUUAAUCCAGUUACAUGUGUAUUUAUUUGUCCAAGCCUCCAGCUCCUUUAAUCAAAUGCUGGACAACUUUGUAUUAGUGCAAUGCUAACAACUUCUUUCUAUAUUCCAUGUUACAUCUCAAGAUUGCCAGCAAAUGUGAUCUAGGCAUAGAAGCAGCUCCUAUUCCUGUCCCUAAACCUUGAUAUCAAAUGUGAGCUUCUUUUUCUUCA